UUGGUGUUUUUCUUUGGCCACCCACCUAAUUCGCAUCCAUCAUCUCUCUGUCUGUAUAGUAUAGAGAGUUUCUUUCUGUCUUUCAAAUCCUUAAAAAACCUAGAAGGACACCAAAGUCUCUCUUACUCCAAAAGCAUUUUAGCCUUUGAGAUUUUGAUAUAAUUAUCAGAUCCUUGCUACUGAUGCUAGGGCUUUUUUCUCCUUUCACUCAUAUUAAAUUACCUUUUUGCCCCUUGGUGUUUAGGGCUCUAAUCUAAUCCUAUAGAUUAUAGACAUAUAAUAUAUGUAACUAAGAUCCUUGAUAUUACGAUACUAACUAGGAGGAAUCCCUUCUUCGUUCUUUACUAGUCCCGAUCGGUGAUGGAGAGAGAAUGUGGGUCGAAGGAGUUGUUCAGCAAAGAGGAGCUGCAAGAAAUAAGUCAAGUCCAUGUGGGAGACGAUUACGUCGAGGUGAUGUGUGGCUGCACCAGCCACCGUUACGGAGACGCAAUUGCGAGGCUUAGGGUUUUCUCAGAUGGAGAACUUCAAAUCACCUGCCAAUGCACUCCCGCUUGCCCCGAAGACAAGUUAACGCCUGCUGCCUUCCAAAAGCAUUCUGAGAGAGAGGCUUCUAGAAACUGGAGGAACAAUGUGUGGGUGUGCAUCGAGGGAGACAAGGUUCCGCUUUCAAAGACAGUGUUACUCAGAUACUAUAACCAAUCAUUAAAGAAAUCCAACGGAUCAAAAAUCAUUCAUCGGGAUGAGUUUGUUGGGUGCAGCAGAUGCGGGAAGGAAAGAAGGUUCAGGUUGCGGAGCAGAGGGGAAUGUCGGGUGCACCAUGAUGCAAUGGCAGAGCCCAAUUGGAAGUGUUGUGAUUAUCCAUAUGACAAGAUAACAUGCGAGGAGGGGGAAGAAAGAGGAAGCAGGAAAGUAUACAGAGGAUGCACUCGCUCUCCAUCCUGCAAAGGCUGCACUUCUUGCUGCAAGCUCUGUCGUUUCUCUGAUUGUAACUGCCAGACUUGCCUCGACUUCACCACCAACACACCCAACUCAUUUGACUUCUAACUUAAAUUCUUCUGCAAAACACUUGUAUUGUAUGGUGGAUGCUCUGUAUUUUCUUUAAUCAUUAGCUUGUUGCACCUGUUAUGUGACUGGGAAAACAAAGUAGGAAACACAAACAAGUCGGGCUUGAAAAGCUAAUUUAGCUCGCACUACGAGAACAUGCAGCUCAUCUAAUUUCAACU